UUUAGUUAUCGAUUGAGCGUUUGUCCUCGAAUCCGGAGGUUGGAUCACGUUAAAUGUGUCCACGCUCCGCGAAAGAAGCAUCGUCGUGAUCCUCGGGGUGUUUUCGGUAGGUGUGUUUGCAUGGCCUCGCGGCAGACUAAAAUGCGGUGAUGAUAGAAUGAAAAUGAAUCAAAUUCAGUAGUCGCGCGAAUCGCGAAACGGCCAUUUUCAGCCAUUUUGCUGGUAUCAGUCAGCACGAAUAGGCGACGGGAUAUCGAAACCACUGGUGCGAUCUACCCCUACCGAGGACACGGCAGAAGGUGGUGGCAAUCCGACGUCGCCUGCGGGACGCAGUGAUCGUGUUCCUGGUGCGUGUGUGAUCGCCAAUUGGCGAGAAUAGUUUGGGAAAAUGGCAGGAAACGUGGGUAUGGAGCAGUUGAUCCCGAUUGUGAAUACACUCCAGGAUGCAUUCACGCAACUUGGAGUUACGAUGCAGCUGGACCUGCCGCAGAUCGCGGUCGUGGGAGGCCAGAGUGCGGGCAAAAGCUCGGUCCUCGAAAACUUCGUCGGAAAUCUUGAGUUUGGUCCUGAAGACGACGCCCUAAUAAGAUGCUCCGUUUUGAGGCUGACAGUUACAUUGCUGACGGCGCAGCGAUCUUUUCGAAUGUACGCAUCUUCAGCAGACAGCCGAACAGACAGACAACAUGCCGAGUUUCUGCAUUGUAAAGGGAAGAAAUUCACCGAUUUCGAUGAAGUCCGGAAAGAGAUUGAAGCGGAAACGGACAGAAUUACUGGCAGCAACAAAGGAAUUUCUAAUAUACCCAUAAAUUUGAGAGUACAUUCUCCUAAUGUACUCAACUUGACCCUCAUUGACUUGCCUGGUCUGACAAAAGUGCCAAUCGGAGAUCAGCCGGCGGAUAUUGAAGCACAAAUCAAAGGAAUGAUAUUUCAGUUUACCAAGCGUGAUAACUGUCUAAUAUUGGCAGUCACCCCAGCCAAUACUGACUUAGCAAACAGUGAUGCCCUUAAACUUGCCAAGGAGGUUGACCCACAAGGCGUGCGUACGAUCGGUGUUAUCACUAAGCUGGAUCUUAUGGACGAAGGAACUGACGCGCGGGACAUUUUGGAGAAUAAAUUACUUCCUCUGCGCAGAGGAUACAUAGGAGUAGUAAACAGAAGUCAAAAGGACAUUGAGGGUCGCAAAGACAUCAAAGCUGCUAUGGCGGCUGAACGAAAGUUCUUUCUCAGUCAUCCUUCGUAUCGACACUUAGCCGACAGAUUAGGAACUCCGUACUUGCAGCGAGUUCUCAAUCAACAGUUAACUAAUCACAUUAGAGACACGUUACCCGCUUUGCGAGAUCGACUGCAAAAGCAGAUGCUUACACUGGAAAAAGAUGUGGAACAGUACAAACACUUCAGGCCAGAUGAUCCUUCCAUCAAAACAAAAGCUAUGCUGCAGAUGAUACAGCAAUUGCAAUCGGAUUUCGAGAGGACUAUCGAAGGUUCCGGUUCGGCACAGAUCAACACCAUGGAACUUAGUGGAGGUGCCAAAAUCAAUCGGUUAUUCCACGAGCGUUUCCCAUUCGAAAUCGUCAAGAUGGAAUUUGACGAGAAGGAACUCCGACGAGAAAUUGCUUUCGCUAUUAGAAAUAUCCACGGUAUUAGGGUUGGACUCUUCACUCCCGAUAUGGCCUUUGAAGCUAUAGUCAAGAAGCAAAUAAAUAGGCUCAAGGAGCCAAGUCUAAAAUGUGUGGAUCUAGUCGUACAGGAACUAAGCAACGUUGUGCGCAUAUGCACAGAUCGGAUGUCCCGCUAUCCUAGAUUAAGGGAAGAGACGGAGAGAAUCAUAACAACGCACGUAAGACAACGUGAGCAAUUGUGUAAGGAGCAGCUCGUUCUUCUAGUAGAUUGCGAACUCGCUUACAUGAAUACAAAUCAUGAAGAUUUUAUUGGAUUUGCCAAUGCUCAGCAGACUUCUGAAAGUUCAGUAAAAAGUGGGCGUCAUACGCUGGGCAAUCAGGUCAUUCGAAAAGGAUACAUGUGCAUACACAAUUUAGGUAUCAUGAAGGGCGGAUCCAGAGAUUACUGGUUCGUUUUGACCUCCGAAAGUAUCUCCUGGUACAAGGAUGAGGAGGAACGAGAAAAGAAAUAUAUGCUGCCACUGGAUGGCUUAAAACUUCGCGAUUUGGAGCAGGGCUUCAUGUCUCGUCGUCACUUGUUCGCUCUUUUCAAUCCUGAGGGCAGAAACGUCUACAAAGAUUACAAACAACUCGAAUUGAGUUGUGAAACUCAGGAUGAUGUCGACUCGUGGAAAGCUUCAUUCCUCAGAGCCGGUGUUUAUCCCGAAAAAUCAACAGAACAGGCGAAUGGAGACGGAGAGGAAGGAUAUGAGCAGGGUGGCUCAGAGGCCCAGUCUUCUAUGGAUCCUCAGCUUGAACGUCAAGUGGAAACCAUCAGAAAUCUGGUUGACUCCUACAUGAAGAUCGUGACAAAAACGACACGUGAUCUCGUUCCAAAAACAAUUAUGCUCCUCAUAAUCAACAACGCGAAGGACUUCAUUAACGGAGAAUUGUUGGCACAUCUUUACGCGAGUGGGGACCAGUCUUCUAUGAUGGAAGAAUCGCCAGAGGAAGCGCAGAAGCGAGAGGAAAUGCUUCGCAUGUAUCAUGCCUGCAAAGAAGCGCUUCGAAUUAUUGGCGAUGUUUCAAUGGCCACCGUUUCAACUCCAGUGCCUCCGCCAGUAAAGAACGAUUGGUUGGCAUCGGGUGAAAAUCCGAGAUUAUCGCCGCCUUCACCGGGUGGACCAAGGCGAGGGAUUUCGCAACCCGCACCACCUGCGAGCUCACGAGCGCCGCCUCCAGUACCUGCUGGUGGACGUCCCGCACCAGCCAUUCCUAACAGACCCGGACCGGGUGGUGCUCCUCCAGCCAGAGGUAACCCUGGUCUACCUCCUCCUCUCAUACCAUCUCGCGGGGGUGGUGGUCUGCAGCAGAGAAUAACACAAGCUGCUACCCAGGGUGCCGCAAAUGCUGCCGUGAACGAGCUGAUGGAUGCUUUCAGGAUGAAGCGCCCUGUACCCACUAUUCCUCCCCGAAUUCCCGACAGACCGUACUCUGGACGACUUAACUGAGCUAGAAUCCUCGAAUCUAAGAGAUUCCUGUGUGCACCGACUGUACCUGCGACGAUUUUUGUCGUGAACAAAGUACCGGAUUAUCGAGCCGAGGAGUUUGAUGCCUGGAACUUCCGUUGUUGCUGCUGUUGCCACUUCCGGUCGUCCAGAGUCCAGAGGAGUCUUCUGAUGCUUGGACGACGAUGAUAAGAAGGAAAGCAUGAGGCGGGAAACGAAAAACGGGAAAAUGGGAAAAUGGUAAAACGGCUGUGCAUGAUUUAGAAAAAAAGUGAGGAAAGAAUGGAUGAAUUCCCAAAGUCCUGACAAACUAGAAGGAAACGAAUUUCUUUUCCUUUCCCUCUUCUUUUUCUUUUCUUGUACUUGGCUUUCUUCUCUUGUAUUUUUCUAUUUAUAAGACGGUACGUUUAAUUGAAUCCAUCAAGUAUUAACUACGGGCUCGUAUGAAAUAAAAGUAGCGGAAGAUGUGGUUGCUGGAUCGAUAGAUUAAAAUUUUCUUGUCCUAGUCAAAUUAGAAGAAAGCAAUUUUUUAUAGGAAUUUUUCUUCUUCAAUUUAGCAGUCAAGCCCAUAAUAAAUUUCAGCGAGUUGAAAUAAAUAUUUAUUUUGAUUUUUAAAAGGCUCCCGAUUAAAAAAUGCAAACUUUCAAGGAUCAAUGUUGAGCGUUUUUCAUAAAUUAAGAAAUGUAUAUAAAUUGCACAAGGAUUACAUUUUUUUUUCGUCAGAUACUCUAUCAGUAUUUCAUCGAUCAAACAUCCACAUUUGCUCGCUGUGAGAUUAUUUGUAACGUAUGAAAAUGAAAGCAAAGAAGACAACCCGAUUACCUCGAUCAUCGAAGAGUUUAUCAACUUUUCUAAGACGUUUUAUAAAUAUAUUUAUAGAUAUGUGUAGAAGUCGUGAUAAGAGCAUAAAUCUUUGAUACUUCCUUUUUACGAUGUGUAAAACUUUCGGCUACGAAAAAUUUCUGUAAAUUACAGAAGUUUUUUAAAAAUUUGCAGUAAUUUUUUGAAAAGGUUUACAUGAAAAUAAGGAGAUAAAGAAAGCAACGAAUGAUCCAUUAUGUAGUGAAGGUGCGAAAAUGAUUCGGUCGAUGUUAACUGUAAAUAGUUUUAGUUCCUGAAAAUUACUCAUCUGAUCGGAUUGAUAAUGUGAUUUUUGAUUUUCCUAAUUACAUGUUUUUAUCUAUUUCUACGGUUGGUCCUUAGUUAUUCUUUCUUUCACGUCUUUUCAGGAGUAGUUAUACUUUUAAAAAUGUUUCUUGUACAAAGGAAAAAAAAAAUUAAAUGAAACGAAGAGAGGCGAACGCGAUUCAUGACGAGGAAAAAGCCGCAAAAUGAAAAUUGUAUAUAAAUGAAAAUAGUAUUACGAAAUAAGCCUUUAGUUUUGUAAUCAGUGAAGUUCAGUUUCCUUGAUUUCAAAAUCUGAAGUCUUUUAGGUACUCAGUGUGUGAGAACGAAUGAAUUUUGUAUUAUUAAAUUUUUCCUACAUUUUUAUUUGCCUGUAUGCAAAAAUUAUGUGAGACUUCGGAUGACUGAUGACGAAGGUACCUAAGGCGUAACGUGAAGAAAAUAAAUUGUAAUUUAAUACCAAAA